AUGGCUUAUUCUUAUAAUCCGGGUUGUCUAGCCCUAAAAAAACGAAGAAGAAGCAAAGGGCAAGCAGCUGCUUUUAUGUCCGCGUCGCCGCAUUCAUGCUGCUGCUGGGCGGGCGAGGGGGCGGUGCCCCCCGCUCGGGCCGCGUCCCCGCCGGCCUCUGUGGGGGCACCUUCGGAAGUGGGAGAGGAGGGCGGGGGGCAGAGCGGCUGCGGUGGCUGCUCGGAGCCCUGGCAGCAGCCGGCGUCGGGGGGCCGCGGCGGCGAGGCGCCUCCCCCCGCAGGCCCUCCGCCGCCGCCGCCGCCGCCGCCGCAUCCCCCACCGCCGCAGCGGGGCUGCUUACACGGCGUGCAGGCGGGAACCCCGGCCCCCUUCCGCUUACACACCAUUUCUGGGGGCGUAGGGGGCUCGGCCGGCGGCGGCGGCCCCCGGAAGAGUUGCACGGCAGCGGGCGGCCCCAGGAAGCGCACGGGCCCCACGCUGGCCAAGAAGAGGCUCCGGCCCUGCUGCUCCCAGGCGGCGGCCGCGGCCAGCCCCAGCUCUUUGCAGCAGGAGGCAGGAGACGAGGCCGAGGCGGCGGCAGCUGCGGCGGCGGCGGCCGAGGAUACGCCGCGCCAGGUGCUGCGAGGAGGCGGCCGCGGCGUAGGCCCCGUCCCGCGGCGGCGGCGAGAGCGGCGGCUCCUCCUCUGGGCCGGCGGGGGCGGGCGCGCCGGGGCUGUGCACGAUGAAGCAGAGCAUGCAGGGCCCGCGGAAGAAGCAGUCCCGGCUCCCGGGCGCCGCCGGCUGGGGGGGCGCCUUGGCCGGGGUCCGGCGGGGCAGCCUGAGGAGAGGGCGGCGGCGGCGGCACCAGCUGCAACAGCGAGGCCUCUUCUGGCUCGGGCGGUUACGCGGCUCCUUCGAGAGAAGGUGGCCCAUAUAGAAGGCCCCGAGGAGGGGGACCGGGACGGGGAAGUAGGGAGGCCCGGAGAGGCGAGCUCCGGCAGCGGGACAGGCCUCUCGCUGGCUCGGCCUCGGGCCCGCGGCGGGGUCGCCCGCCCUGCGCACACACACGCACACACGGGCACACACGCGACGGUGGGGGGUGGGCGUCAGCUGCGGGCCGCCCGGGAGCCCGACGGGGGCUACAUGCUUUGCCCCGGGAAGCCGGGAGAACGAUGGGCGCGAGCUUUGGGGACGCGACGGAGAGAGCGAGCCUGCCGGCUAGGCAACCAGUCCAAGCCUGACCCGCCGACUCAGUCAGUGCGGCGGCGGGGGGGGAACGCGGGGUCCCGCUCGGACCAUUUUAACUGCGGCUCCGCCGGCGGUGCGCGCGCCCGCGACACAGCUCGGAGCCGCAGGAGCGCGCGGCCCGCUCGGGGAGGGGGCGGAGCUGGCUGCGGCGACGCGCUUGGGGCGGGGGCGCGGGCGCCCGGCUGCUCACCGGGGACGGCCGCUAGGCAGGGGACUGCUGGGAAGAAGCGGGCCAGCGAGCGCGCGGGGCUCGCGGGGAGAGGCGCACGCCCCUCCCUCCCUCGCCCAAGGUUUCGCAGAGGCCGCUGGGCCCACGCCUCUUUUCUGGGACGGGAGGAGACGCUUCCGAGCCAGCUGUGUGACAUCCGUUUGCACAGCCGCGCUGACGUCUGUAGGUGUAAGUUCAAGAACUGCCAUUGGCCGGGAGCCGCUGCGCUCUUCCCCUCACCCCCACCCCCAGUCUCGGAGACCGAAGCCACGGAGGAGCCGUAAAGGGUUCCGCCGGAAGGCCGACUUGGGUCCCCCUGCUGCCUCUCCGGUGCAGCACCAGAUGUGAGGCCUUUGGGUGGUGUGACCCUGCGUUCUCAGGUGAGGAGCUAAUGAGUGGUGCCGCAUCUUUAUGUAUUCCACGUGUUUUUAUACUUGUUGCUUGCGGCCGACUGCUGACUUCAUAACUUUAUUUCAAAGUGAAAGCAUAUAUCAAGUUACCUAUGCACGCCGAAAAGAUAAAACAGUUUCUCAACCGACGGAGUCAUCCAGCAAUCAAGCUGCAAGAUGACUAUCAUCUGCACUCUCAGAGUCCCAUCUCUCCAUCCAUCCUACACCUUAAAAAUGAUUGCGCACUGCCUACUGUAUGAUAAACAGUUCUAGGCGGACUUUGGUGACCCAGAUGAGAAAGAGGAAAUAGGCUUCGCAGACAACCCUUUAGAAAGCUUGACUAUCGUGAGUCCAAAGAAACAGGGCAAUGAUUAGAGCGGUACCUGGUAUUGCGAGACAAAUGGAAAGAGGCUUAGAUGAUGGGAAUGCAUCAGAAUAAAAGAGGAGCUCAUCUCAUGACUGAUUGAUGCUCCUCUUCUGGGUUUCAGCCCAGAUAGCACCUGUCACAAGAGCUCUGCCCUGGUUGUUCUGUCACAGUGCGCUUUUCACUUCUCUCUCAGCAGCUCCCGCAUUCGCUGUGUUUGAGAAUUGGUUGGCUGUUGCCUACAACAGAAUUAAGCCCUACUCUCAAACUGAGCUCUCUCCCGAAUCACUAGCACCUAUACUCACUAAUCAGUUGCAUUUUAAAGAGAGAUUAUCUUGGGUAGACAGGAUGUUAUCAGGUGAGCUCUUUAAAAGAAGAUCCAAGAAGUCAGAGAGAGUCAAAGCAGCAGCACAUGCUUUACUGUUGGCCUUGAAGAACCAAACUCUCAUGUUGCGGAGAGAAUGAUGUGGCUGAUGGUCCCUAGGAACUAAGUAGCCCUGGUGGAUGGGCAGCAAGAAGGCCAGUCCUCCAACCUAUAGAGUUCUAAAUUAUGUCAGCAAAUACAUAAACUCCGAAGAUGAUCCCGAGAUGCAGAAGGGAGCACAGGCCCACAGACAUCUUGAUUUCAGCCUUGUAAGAACCUGAGCAGAUAAUCCAGUUGACCCCUUGCCAGAACUUCUGAUAUAUGUAAUUAUGAAAUAGUAAAUAAGCGUUGUUUUAAAUACUACAUGUGUGAUCAUUUGUUGUGUGGAGAUAGGAAAUAUACUUAGCCAGGAAACACAGCCCUGUGGAAACAAAGACUUAAUGUCACUUAUCAGGAGAAAGGAAAUAAUCAAUUAUCCAUACCACUCCAAAGAUUAAUUCAAAGUCAAGAAAGGAGACAAUCAGGACUUAAUGGAGAGAAUUCACUGUUCUCCACUUUUAUGUAAAUUAAUGGGAUAAUUGAGGCAAAGCUGGGGGGUUACUUUUCUUUCUUUUGCUUAGGACUCACAUGUUUAUCUUCUACUUAAAUGAAAUUAAUACAACACAAAGAUGUUCUUCCAUUUAUAAUCUCUCAGUUCUGUGUCCAGCUGUACCCUCCAUUGUAAUUGAUGUUUUUCUCAUUUUCAACUGCUAGAACAGGGAUUUUAGAUAAAAGAAUUGAGUUACAUGUGUCUCCCUAAUAAAUUUUAUGUUUUUCCUCCAAA